AUGCCGCAUAUCACAGCCGUAUCGAACCCCAUCACCAGAUUCGAGCUGAACCCGCCCGAGUCGCGCACCUUCGCCCGCCAGGAUGAGCUCCCCAAGCUCCCAAUUCCUCCUCUCGAGGAUUCGUGCCGCCGCUAUCUUGCCGCCCUCGAAGGCCUCCAAGAGCCUCGGGAACACCUCGAGACCAAGCGCGCCGUUGAAGCUUUCCUGAGGGGCGACGGGCCACGCAUUCAGGACCGCCUCAGGGCCUAUGCAAAGGACAAGGCCAGUUACAUCGAGGAGUUCUGGUAUGAGUCAUACCUCUCCCACUCAGACCCCGUCGUGCUCGCCCUCAACCCGUUCUUCGUCCUCGAAAAUGACCCAACCCCUGAUCGCGGCUCGCAGCUGCCCCGUGCCGCCUCCCUCAUCGUCUCCUCGCUCGGCUUCAUACAUGAUCUUCGCGCAGGCAUGCUCGAGCCUGACUCUGUGCGUGCAACACCCCUCGACAUGGACCAAUACACCCGCCUCUUCGGCACCGCGCGCAUCCCGACUGACAGAGGCUGUAAGAUGGAAGUCCACGAGGACUCGCGCCACAUUGUCGUCCUCCGUCAUGGACAGUUCUAUUGGUUCGAUGUUCUUGACAUGGAGAACCGGCCGGUCCUUACCGAGCGGGAGGUCCUUCGGAACCUGCAAGCCAUAGUCCAGGACGCGGACAUGCUGCCGGUGCACGAGGUCGCGCGGAACUCCAUCGGCGUGCUCUCCACGGAGAACCGCAAGAUAUGGUCGUCCCUCCGCCGCGCGCUCGCGAGCAACAGGAACAACGAGUCCUGCCUCGAGAUCGUCGACAACGCGCUGUUCGUGGUGUGCCUCGACCACGACGCGCCGUCGAACCUCGCCGAGCUGUGCAAUAACUUCCUGUGCGGGACGUACAACCUCAGCGGCGGCGUGCAGGUCGGGACGUGCACAAACCGGUGGUAUGACAAGUUGCAAAUCAUUGUAUGCGCCGACGGUGCUGCAGGCAUCAACUUCGAGCACACCGGUGUCGACGGGCACACCGUUCUUCGAUUCGCCGCGGAUAUCUUUACCGAAGGCCUCAUGCUCCUCGCGCGCUCGAUCAACCCCUCCGCGCCGACGCUCUUCCACGCGCCACUUUCGCCGUUCGCCAAGUCGUACAAACACCCGCGGGGGAGCGGCGGCCCGCCGACGCCGACGUACCUCAUCGACACCGCGCCCAAGAAGCUCGAGUGGACGCUCUUCCCCGAGCUCCGCGCGGGCAUCCGCUUCGCCGAGACGCGCCUGAGCGACCUCAUCUGCCAGAACGACUGCCAGGCGCUCGAGUUCAAGGUGUACGGCAAGAACUUCAUCACCAGCCACGGCUUCUCCCCCGACGCGUAUGUGCAGAUGGCGUUCCAGGCGGCGUAUUAUGGGCUGUAUGGGAGAAUCGAGUGCACGUAUGAACCUGCCAUGACGAAGGCGUUCUUACACGGGCGCACUGAGGCGAUCCGCACAGUGCAGCCAGCAAGCGCCGACUUCGUGAAGACAUUUUUCUCCGAAGCCAGCCAUGCUCAGAAGGUCGUUGCGCUCCGGAAGGCGUGCCAGACCCAUUCGAAGCUCACCAAGGAGUGCUCGCAGGGCCUCGGUCAAGACAGGCAUCUCUACGCGCUCUACUGCCUGCUCCAGCGCGAGCGCGAGGCGAUCGGCAGCGCGAACCGCAACGGGAACGCGAACGGCGACUCGUCGGACGACGAGCGCCCGCUGUCGCCGCUGAGCAACACGUCGUGCGGGAGCUGCUUCGGGAAACCGCCGCUGCCGUCGAUCUUCACGGAUCCGGGCUGGCAGACCCUCAGCUCGUCGAUCCUGUCCACGUCGAACUGCGGGAACCCCGCGCUGCGCCUGUUCGGGUUCGGGCCUGUCGCGGCGGACGGGUACGGCAUCGGGUACAUCAUCAAGGACGAGGGUAUCUCCGUGUGCGCGUCGUCGAAGCACCUCCAGACGCGCCGCUUCCUCGACACGCUGCAGGGAUACCUGAUCGACAUGCAGCGUAUCCUCAUCCAGCUGCACCUCUCUGCGAACCAGCGCCCAGAGCCGUUCGUCGACCACGCCGGCGUGCUGCGCGACUCCAAGACCGGGCGGCCGAUCAACGGCAAUAGCGGCGUCGCCGACGACGAUGACGCCUUCCUGCCUGGGUAUUCUUUCUUCGAUAGCGGGGAUGUAGAGCUGCUCGGGCGGCGAAAGCGGAUGCCGUCGUAUUAUAACACCGGCAAGAUCAUCCCGCUCGCUGAGUAUUCGUGA